AGGCACCUGGGGUGUUUAGCAGGGUGUCUGUGGGCGGCAGCUCAGAUGUCUAUGGGGACAGCCUGGGGAUGUCAAUGGGAAGCACCUGGGGUUUCUUUGGGGUCCACUUGGGAGUGUAUCUAUGACAUAUUUGUCAUGUCUAGAGGGGUCCAGGAAUGUCUGUAGGGGACUUCUGGGGGCCUAAUGGGGACAUUUAAGUCCUUGCUGUGGACAGUGAUACCUCCACAGAGGCUUCAGGAAUCACAUUAUGGGACACUCUAGGGGUGCCCAUAGGGGACAUUUAAGACUUCAGGAAUGUCUCUCACUGAAGGUGUUUGUAGCAGACAUCCGUGAAUACCCAUGACCCAUUCAGCUGAGAACCUCCUGAAGGCUGACACCUAUCGGAAAUGGCGCUCGGCCAAGGCUGGGGAGAAGCAGAUCUCCGUCAUCCUGCAGCUGGAGAAGGAAGAGCAGAUCCACGGCAUCGACAUCGGGAACGAGGGCUCUGCCUUUGUGGAGGUGCUGGUGGGCAGCUCAGCACAUGGCACUGGGGAGCAGGACUACGAGGUCCUCCUGGUCACCUCUUCAUUCAUGUCCCCGUCUGAGAGCCGCAGCGGGACUAACUCAAACCGGGUUCGGCUCUUCGCCGCUGACAAACUGGUCCGGGCCACGGCUGACAAACGCUGGGACCGGAUCAAGAUCGUGUGCAGCCAGCCCUACGCCAAGGACUCUCCCUAUGGCUUGAGUUUUAUAAGGUUGCACCGCCCCCCCGACAAGGAGGAGCCUGGGGCCGCCUCCUCUCCGAAGGUGACCAAGUUGGGAGCCUUUCGAGUGAAGGAGGAUGACGGGACCAGCAGCUCCCUGAGACCUGGGGCCCUCUUCUUCAGUCGGGUCAGCAAGGCUUCUCCAGCCCCUGCCAAAGACCAGCCAGGCCCCAGCUAUGCGGCGGUCGCACUGCAAGCCUCCCAGGGCUUAGCUACUCAAUCUCCUCCUCGAAUAUCUCCCCCCCAGCCCCCAUCCUCAAGCAGAGCUCCCAGCAAGCCCCAAGAGUCUCCUAAGGGAAAGAGGAAAUUGGAUUUAAGUCAGGAUGAACCAGGAAGCCCCCAGAGACCCCAGGCCCGUGCAGCCCAUCCUAAGCUACCAGCCCCCAAGAAGCCCAAAGUGCCCACUGCGAGCCCUGCCCCUGCCCAGUGCACUCCACAAGCUGAAAAGAAAGGGGCCAAAGUCAGGGCCGGAGCUGGGCCCGUCCAGCUGGGGAAGGUCCUGGAGGGCGUUGUCGUGGUGCUGAGUGGCUUCCAGAACCCCUUCCGCUCGGAGCUUCGGGACAAGGCCCUGGAGCUUGGCGCCAAGUAUCGGCCAGACUGGACCUCGGACAGCACCCACCUCAUCUGUGCCUUUGCCAACACACCCAAGUACAGUGCGGUCCUGAGCCGGGGCGGACGCAUAGUGCGCAAAGAGUGGGUGCUGGACUGUCACCGCAUGCGGCGGAGGCUGCCCUGUCAACGGUAUCUCAUGGCCGGUCCGGACUCUAGCAGUGAUGAGGAGACAGCCCCUCCCACCACAAAGGCAGACCACCAGCCUCCAGGAGCAGGGCCUAAGUCAGGCCCCAGCACUCCGUCCCCUGAAGAGCCGAGGCCGGCCCCCACAGAGCCUCGGGAAGACCCAGACAUGGAGGAGGAGUUGGCAGAUGCUCAGGAUGAUGGGACUGAAGAUUCUGUUGACACAGAGGAUGAGCUGAGAAGGGUGGCCGAGCUGAGGGACCAGAAGCAGCCCCCAGAUCCGGGGGAGAAUGGAGAGGACCCAUAUGCCGGGUCCACGGACGAGAACACAGAUGACGAAGGCCCAGAGCCAUCAGAUCAGCCCAUCCCUGAGCUCCCAGACUUCUUCCAGGGCAAACACUUCUUUCUCUAUGGAGAGUUUCCUGGUGAGCAGCGAAGACAGCUGGUGCGAUUUGUUACAGCGUUUAACGGGGAGAUAGAAGAUUAUAUGAAUGACCAAGUCCAGUUUGUGAUCACGGCCCAGGAGUGGGACCCCAGCUUUGAGGAGGCCCUCCUGGAAAACCCGUCCUUGGCCUUUGUCCGGCCCCGCUGGAUUUACAGCUGCAGUGAGCAGCAGAGGCUGCUGCCUUAUCAGCUCUAUGGGGUGGUCCCCAAGGCCUGACAGACAGACAGACGACCAGGCCUGGCCCGGCUCUUACCCUCCCAGUCCCUCCCACCCCCAGAGUUUAAUAAAAGUCACUGUUUGGAGCA